CCGGUCGCAAAAAUGGCGUCCUCUGCCUCCACUCGCACUUCGGCUGGUAAACGAGUGGUUAAUCAGGACGAACUGCGGCGGUUAAUGAAGGAGAAGCAGCGUCUGAGCACCAACCGGAAACGAAUAGAAUCUCCAUUCGCGAAGUACAACCGUUUGGGGCAGCUGAGUUGUGCCCUAUGUAAUACUCCGAUUAAGAGCGAGCUCCUGUGGCAGACUCACGUCCUCGGAAAGCAGCACCGAGAGAAAGUGGCCGAGCUGAAAGGCUCCAAGGAAGCCACUCAAGGACCGUCCACCAGCGCAACGCCUCAUUCCGCCAAGAGAAAGGCGCCGGACGCAGGUGGCCAAGAUGCUAAGAGAGGGAAGGCCUCCCAACAACCUCAGGUACAGCCCUCCACAUCCGUUUUGCCCACUAACUUCUUUGACAAAAGAGGAAAGGAGUCCACUAAAGCGACUCCCAGUAAGUCUCCGGGACUCGGUUUACUCCCUGAUUAUGAAGAUGAGGAAGAGGAGGAGGAGGGAGAAGGAAAAGGGGGGGACGCCAGCAAGCUGCCCUCCGACGCACAAGGCAAGGAACACUCACUUUCUUCAUCGCGGGAGGCAACAAAUAGUGUGCUGCCAAGCGAUUUCUUUGAUACAAAUCCUCCUAAGGCCCCCUUAAUCCCUCAUUCAGGGUCCAUUGAGAAAGCAGAAAUACAUGAGAAAGUGGUGGAAAGGAGAGAAAACACCGCGGAAGCAUUACCGGAAGGCUUUUUUGACGACCCUGAAGUAGAUGCGAGGGUACGAAAGGUUGAUGCCCCAAAAGAUCAGAUGGACAAAGAGUGGGACGAAUUUCAAAAAGCUAUGAGGCAGGUCAACACUAUUUCCGAAGCUAUAGUGGCUGAAGAGGAUGAGGAGGGACGGUUGGACCGACAGAUUGGGGAGAUCGAUGAGCAAAUAGAGUGUUACCGUCGGGUGGAAAAGUUACGGAAUCGCCAGGAUGAAAUAAAGAAUAAGCUUAAAGAGGUUCUGACUAUAAAAGAACUGCAGAAAAAGGAAGAGGAGAAUGCUGACAGCGAUGAUGAGGGAGAACUGCAGGAUUUGUUGUCUCAGGAUUGGAGGGUGAAAGGGGCUUUGUUAUAGGAUUUUGAAGAACCAAGACUUCUAACAUCUACUUUUGUAUAGAAAGUGCUGUCUCUUGGUAUGAUUCAGUUACUCAAUGCCGAGAGGUUUGGGUACCUAACCGGAUUGUUGAAAUACAAGUCUGUGAGGAAUAGCACCUAGGAUAAUUGAUGUAAAGUAUUUUUGAGGUAAAGUUGUUUUUGAAUUGUGAGAUACUAAAAUGCCAACUUUUCCACACAUUUACAAGUUUAAAUAUAUAAUCUCGAAUUGUAAAAUCUAUAAACUGUAAAUAUUGUGCAUAGUUAAAUAUAUAUUUAGUUAAGUAAUUUUGUUUUAAGAUUUAUAAGUUAAUAGAAAUUAGACCAACAGACAAGCUUAUGGAUGAAUACCAAAUGUGCUAUUUGGGAUGUGCAUCACUUUUUUCUGACCCCUAACUCAAACUCAAGAGGUGUUGUUUUUGUUUCAAGAACACUGCUCAUGAACACGUGUCAUUUUAGGUUAAUCAGUUCUCUACCUGUGAUUCUGUUUCUGUUUUCAAAAACAUGUUUUAGGAGAACAUGGAAAAAUAUAUACACCAAACAUGACCAACCUCCUUAACUCAAAGUUUCUCUUGACUUAAACAAAGGUUUUCAGAUGUAAGUGCACUGGAGAAUCUCCUGUGAAGCCUGAAAAAAAUUCAAGUGCCUAAGCCCUGCCUUUAAAGAAAUUUAGUAAAAUCUGGAGUGAGGCCCUGGCAUCUGUAUUAUUAGAAAGUGCUUAAGGUUAUUCUAAUAUAUGCCAAAGUUGGGGAACCACUGCCCUAAAUCCAGAAGCCAUUUAUAUUUUUUUCAAGAUUUGCUUUUUCUUUAACACAUUCUAUAAGUUUACUAUCUUGUAUAAAAGAAAUAUUGCCUUUUGUUAAAUCUCCCAUCCAGUCUUAAAUUUUAUUAUUAUACUUGUGGUAAAUUAGGGUUCAGAAAUAUAGGUUCCUACUGUAGGACAAAUUUGUUUUUCCAGCAAUAAUACUUGGCUUUUUCUGGUCACUGAUAGUUUAAAUCGCUCCUUCUCCCUUUAGAGAUAGAGGAAUUCAAACAGGAAAAAGAAUUAGCAGUGUUCAGGGAUGGAAAUGCAUACAGCACGGUCAAAUAACAGUAAGCAGUAAUGAUAAUAGCUAAGACUUCUAUAGUUCUUACUUUGGGCCAUACAUGGUUCUAAAUGACUUAAUGUAUUAACUCAGUCUAGUUUCACUAAAAAACCCAUGCUUAAUGAAGGGGAGUACCACGAGAUAAAGUGUGGAGGGUCUUGUGUGCUAGUAGAAAGAAUUCCUUUUGCAGGCAAUGUGGAAAAACACUAUGUUUUUGAGCAAAGAAAUAUUAUGAAAGAUUACUCGAGUUGCAGGAUAUAGAAUGGAAUAACAUGGGGAGGGGAGAAAGGAGCUAGGAGACUAGUUAGAAGCUAGUUUUUCAAAAGUGAGGUGAAUAUAGCUUUGAUUAGGUUUGGACUGAGAGAAAAAGAAUAGAAUUGAAAGAAUUUCAUAGGAAGAGCUGGCAUUUUAGUGACUGAUCGGAAAUGGAAGAAGAAAAAUGAGGGAUAAAUAUGAGAUCUGGGUGUUCUUGUUUUGCUUUGUUUUAGUGUGGUUGCCUAAAAGUAGUUCUCUAACACUUAUUGAGCGAUUGUUAUGUACCACAAAUUACUUAUUCCUGCUGUCUUUGGCACAGUCUUUGCUUCCUUAGUUACCAGCUGAUUGUUAAUAGCAACUUCAGUUUGAUGACAUGGAGAGCAUGCCUGCUUCAGAUGUGUUAACCCACUUACUCAAUUUUCCAUCAUUCAUUACUUUGUUAUUUUAGAGUAUGAGAAACUACAGAGAUGGACUUGAAUGGUGAACCCAGUUCUACCAUGGCCUUAGAAGCUAGCUAAUACUUUAAAGUAGUACUGUCCAUUAAAAAUAUUAGGUAAGCCACAUAUAUGAUUUUAAGUUUUCUAGUAGCCAUGUAAAAAAGAAAAAAGGAACAGUCGAAUUUAAUUUUAAUAAUACAUUUUACUUUUAAACUAUUAGCGGGAUAUUUUAUAGUUUUUUGGUACAACAGUUUUAAAACCUGGUAUGUAUCUAACACAGCAUAUCUCAGUUUGGACUAGCAACAUUUCAGAUGCUCAAAGCCUUAUGUGACUAGUGACUACCAUAUAGGACAGUGCAUGGCUAAAGAGAAAGAUAUCCAGGUGGAAAAAUAAAACAUACUCAGAAGAUAGUAAACAGACCAAUUUAACUACAACAGAGGAUCCAUUUCACAGUGGCACUGGAGUAAUGAUUUGACAGGUAGAUUGUAAACAAUUGUAGAGAGCCUUGAAUGCCUUUCUCUGAGGAAUAUGAACUUUCUUUAAGGUAACAACUGAGUGUCCUUGAAGUUUGUUGAAUCCUUGAUUGUAGCACAAUUAAAGAAGAGACUAAGGAGUGCCAGUGUAUGUUACUACUCUAAUGAACCACUAUUGGGCUUUUAGAAGGGCCAAAAGACUGCCAAAAUCUGAUAUCAGUGCUUUGUGUCCCAGAGGAUAAAGGAUGGUGCCCUGGCCAUAAUUAUUGCUCAGUGAAUCCUUAUUGAAUCUGAGAACGAUGUAAACAGGUACUGGAGUUAGUAGAUCCUUCCCGAUCCUCCAGACAUUGGAGAGUUCUGUUAUACCUCUAAGCCAAGACAAAUAUGUUUUGGCAUCAGACUGCAUAUCACUAAUGUUCCCAAAUUGUAAGAAUUGGUCCCAAAUAUUUAUUCUAGUCACUUGUUUUCCUUUUAGAGAACCCCCCACCCCACCCCACCUCUGAGUUCAGCCAGUAUCGUAUUAGGAUCAUUGUAAAUGUUACAAAGGUAUCUUACCACUCCACUUACCAAUUUAAUACAGUUCCCCUAACUUGGAAGAAAAAAAAAAUGCUGAGAUCCUAACCAGUCUCCAAAUAUACAUUUGUUGAGUGCUGUACAAUUUUACAAAAUGCUUUCACAUAUAUUUCAUUUAAUGAUGGAAGUGAUUACUGCUUUUUACACACCAGGGAAUAAAAUAAGAGACUUUGGAAUUAAAAUUGCAGGGAAAAGAAAUUUAGUCCUAAAACUUUUCAUAGUAAUAAUCACUAGCUUAGUAUGGAGUAAUGAAAGGAACAAGUUAAUUGGCAACAGACCUGGGUUCAACUUCCCAUUCCAUCUUUUAAUGGCUGGUGAUCUUGGGCAAGUCAACUCUCUGAACCUUAGUUCACUGUACAAUAAAAUGAGGAUAUAUGAUAAUGUC